UUGUGUUCGCGGAAGCUUCCUUCUUCUUCUAAACACAAACACUUCGAAAGCUCUUUCUCUCGACCGGACAUGUCGGCCCAGCGCGCGCGGUCCCCCGCGGGGGAGAUGGAGACCCUGAGCAGCGAGAUGGAGACCCUGAGGGGGGUCCUGCACCAGCGGCUGGCGGCGGCGGUGGACGACAUCCUCGGGGAGUUCGGGAGGACCGUGGCCCGGUACCGGGACCAGAUCGACCUGCAGCGGCGACAGCUGGACGGCCUGAAGGCGGAGGAGCGCGCGAGGAGCCGCAGCGCGGAGCGUCUGCAGGACUGGGAGAUCAAGUCAGAACCCAACGGCGCCGCAGACCCGGCCGAGUCCUCCGACAGCGGAGACGACUGGAGAGCGACCGGACCUCUGGAGCCCGAGGGGGCGGGAGGAGGAGCCCGCCGGGCCGGGCCCCCGGGGCCAUUCGGCUGCAGGGUUUGCGGCGAGUCGUUCCCGUCGAGGCGCUUCCUGCUGGCGCACGCCGCCGCGCCCCCGAGAGCCUGCGGCCUGUGGGGCAAACAGCCGGAGAACCCGAGGCGUCGCCUCAGGGGCCACGAGGAGGCGCCGUUCCGCUGCGGCGUCUGCGGGCGGAGCUUCACCCUGCGGGGGAACCUGAGGACGCACAUGAGGAUCCACUCCGGCGAGCGGCCGCACGGCUGCACCGUCUGCGGAAAGAGCUUCGGCCGGCGAGCCACGCUGGUGAGGCACGUCCGCAGCCACACGGGCGAGAAGCCGUUCGCCUGCGCGCACUGCGGCCGCGGCUUCGUGGAGAAGGGCAACCUGACGGUGCACCUGAGGACGCACGCCGGCACACUGGGGCCGCACGCCACCGGUAUCCAGGGGCCGCACGCCGGCACACUGGGGCCGCACGCCGCCGGUAUCCAGGGGCCGCACGCCGGCACACUGGAGCCGCACGCCAGUAUCCAGGGCACACUGGAGCCGCACGCCGGUAUCCAGGGGCCGCACGCCGGCACACUGGAGCCGCACGCCAGUAUCCAGGGGCCGCACGCCGGCACACUGGAGCCGCACGCCAGUAUCCAGGGGCCGCACGCCGGCGGCCAGGGGACGCACAUUGACUUGUAUCAUGACUAUCAUGCGGUUGACGGUUGA